AGACAAUUGCUGCCUGCAGCGGUGGCAUGAGCCUGUAUCCUGAGAACUCUGGAAGGCAUGAGGCUACCUAAUGGGACAUUGUUAAAAAUCCAGGGCUGGGAAACCCUAUCAACCACAGAGUGCUGGUAUAUUAUUUACAAAGCCGUGGCCUUCGUCCUUAGUCCUGAUGGGUGGGGGUGGAGAAAACCGACUGCCUUAAGCACGCCGUCUAAAUGAAGAGGGUUGGUGCUGACAGUCAAUUAUCAAAAUUUUUAAAAAUCUCUUUUAGGCUCAUCUAGUACAGGUUUAGCAAAUGAGAGCUGCACAAUUACAGUCACCACUCCAGUUUAUCUGUGACCAAAGAACAGGGAUAGAACUCAAGGACUGUAUGGGAGAGAAGGAAAUGGCACACCAGGAACUAAUAAUGACGAAAGUGGAGCAAAAUAGUAAUUCUUAGAGAAGAAAGGAUAUGCAGGAGAACUCCAGAAAACAGCAAGUUCAACCAGACCAGGUCUUGCAAAGCCAUGGAUGGCCAUGACAUCAACACCCGGCAGAGCCGAGACGUGAAGGCGGGGUUUCUAGACCUCCAGUCCACGCCCGGAGGCCUUGAGGGGGCGGGACUUCCUGUCGGAGCAACCCUAUCCCCACCCCUUCCUUAUCUCCGGAAGAGCGGAAGAGCCGAGCCCUCGAAUUCCAGUCGUGGAGCAUCGCGGUGUGGUCGCGCGAGAAGAUGGCAGACCCUUGGCAGGAGUGCAUGGAUUAUGCAGUAACCCUCGCAAGACAAGCCGGAGAGAUGAUUCGUGAAGCUCUGAAAAGCGAGAUGAAUGUCAUGAUUAAAAGCUCUCCAGCUGACUUGGUAACAGUUACCGACCAAAAGGUUGAAAAAAUGCUUCUCUCUUCUAUAAAGGAAAAGUACCCAUCUCACAGUUUCAUUGGUGAAGAAUCUGUGGCAGCUGGGGAAAAGACGGUCUUCACGGACGAGCCCACGUGGAUCAUUGAUCCUAUUGACGGGACAACUAACUUCGUGCAUAGGUUUCCUUUUGUAGCUGUCUCAAUUGGCUUUGUUGUAAAUAAACAGAUGGAGUUUGGAGUUGUGUAUAGCUGCAUGGAAGAUAAGAUGUAUGUGGGCAGGAGAGGAAAAGGCGCCUUCUGUAACGGCCAGAAGCUUCGGGUUUCACAACAGGAAGACAUUACCAAAUCACUCCUGGUGACGGAAUUGGGCUCGUCCAGAAAGCCAGAGACAUUACGGACUGUUCUUUCCAACAUGGAAAGGCUGUGUUCCAUUCCCAUCCACGGGAUCCGGAGUGUUGGGACAGCAGCUGUCAAUAUGUGCCUUGUGGCAACUGGAGGAGCAGAUGCGUAUUAUGAAAUGGGGAUCCACUGCUGGGACAUGGCAGGUGCUGGCAUCAUCGUCACCGAAGCAGGUGGAGUGCUGAUGGAUGUAACAGGUGGACCAUUUGAUUUGAUGUCUCGGAGAAUAAUUGCUGCAAAUAAUAAAGCAUUAGCCGAAAGAAUAGCCAAAGAAAUUGAGAUAAUACCUUUAGAAAGAGACGAUGAAAGUUAGUCACACAGAGCAGUGUCCAGCUCCAUCACACUUGCCGUCCCUGGGAUGUUUAUAUGUGUGAUGUCACUCAUUUACAUUUGUCUUUGAGGUCCUGAUUUUAAAAUGGUAACUUUUUUUUUUACAGAUGACGUAUUCAAAAUAGAAUGGAAUAUUUGAUUCUUAAAAAGUUUUUGCAUGUAAUAAUAUUCUUGGGGAAAAUAUAUAGGAAGUAUAAUUAAUGAACUAGGCAUUGAAAUAGUCCCCAGUCCUCAUGGUCCCCUUAAACUUUAAUGUACUGUUUAUAUGCACCAUUCUCAAUUAGAAAGUUGUCUUUUUGUGAAAGGUUUUCUCUUUGUUUCAGAAGCCAUAGUUAAUUAAGUUUUUAAAGCUGUAACAAGCAUGCUCUCUCCUUGCAGAGAGCCUUUUUGUUUUAUUAAUCACUGUAACAGAGCAUCUAGCGCAGUACCUGUCAACCAACAGGCCAUCUGAAAUCGCCACCUUACAAUGAGGACUUGAAGCUGCAAUUCUGCUUAUAAUGGGCCAUAAUAAGAUAACCGUUCUACUUUUGCUUCCCGUUUUGAAUGAAGUAAAAGUCGCCUCGUGGUCCUUUUUAUAUUUCAUAUUGCCAUGUUGUUUUGUAGGGCCAGUGUACUGCCAGAGACAGCUGCUUCUUGAGGGCAUUUCUUCAGUUAGUAUGCCACUGUGUGUUGUAGAUUCUGCUGAAAGCCCUGGGCUAGAGAGGUCUAGUCAUUUUGUGUGUCUGCUGUAGUUACAGUGUAACAUUUUACUAAAUGCAGUAUUCACAUUCAGAUACUUAACGCUGGUUUUGGCUGUGCUGACAGAUGUAGUACGGCGAUAAUGGUAAACUACUUGAUUUCUUUGCAAACUUCUUGCUUUAAUUUCAUCACUGCUGUGUCUGUA